UAUCAAUCAACGUACUAAUAUGUUCCAGUUAAAGUUGCAUUGUUCUAAACGUUUACUACACAUGUACCGGAUUAUCCAAUCAUAGUUGUUUUCAUCAGGGGUUAGAAUAGAAGAUCAAGCUAGAGAAGCAAAUUGACAACCAAAAGUUGAAAAUCUAAGGACGUAAAAAAGUAGAAAUUGCAAUGUUGAGUACAAAAUUGUUGAUGAGAGCCGAGGCGACAAUAACAAGUGCUUGUGGAAAGAGCUCAAUAUUAACUUAGGCUGCGGACUGACAUCUCGGAUCAGUUAAUUUUGAGAACACAUUUAACAUGGAGGAAUAUUCGAAUGUACUGGACGAAGUUGCUGCUCCGGAGGAAAAUGACAAUAUUAAUGUUGAACUGUAUGUAGUCGUGGUGAUACUAUGUGUGUUUACAGUCAUCGGGACUGCUGGCAAUGGGCUCGUAAUAUACGUCUACUCACGCACCAGGGAUAAACUGACAUCCACGUUGUUCAUUCUAGUGCUAGCAGUUACAGAUUUUAUGACAUGUUUGAUUAUAGUACCAUUUACUAUAAUAAUGGAGUUAAAGUAUUUCAGGAUAGGAGACAACGAUAUAGCGUGUAAAUUCUAUCACUUUCUCAUCACGUGCAAUAUUCCAUUCUCUGCCUUCAUAAUGGCGGCCAUUGCUGUGGACAGAUACCUCUGUAUCUGUCAAACAUUUCUACAUGUUAUGAGCCGAUUCAGAGCGAAAGUGACAGUGUUUGCUCUUUUGAUGUUAUCCCUCAGUUUAGGGACAUUUACCUCGUUAGCUGUUGGUGUAUAUGAACGCUUCACGUUUAACGAGACUUAUCCAGCGAAUACGUCUUCCUUUGGUAACAUAACAAGUGAAACCACCAUUGUGGUGACUCGUGUGGAUCUCACAGGAAUCUGUUCAACUAAUAAUCUCAUUGUGACCAACACUAUGCUUGAUAUAUACCAUAAGAUAUACACCUCUCUUUAUGGCAUCGCUUUCCUCCUCGUUGUCGUUCUUUACAUCUUAAUCGUAUGUAAUGUGCGAAUGCGUCAGCGACAGAAACGAUCUGCUUCAUUGAGAUGCGAGAUAUCGACAAAUAGUAACUCACCGACCAACGACUUUCCAACAGAGGCUUUUGAACUUAACGAGAGGAAUCCUAGGGAGAACGGACAUUCUAAUAAAGUUCCAAAAGAACGCGACAGGAAGACGAUCAAAAUGGACAAAAAUUUAAUGGCUAAUUUCAAAAUGGCGAUGAUGCUUUUUGUUGUUACGCUGGUGUUCAUAGUAGCGUUUCUCCCUGCCUUUCUAAUGGUCCAUCGUCUAAUGCCAUUCAACUUUGUUGUCUUCUACAUGUACUUUGCCCACAACGUUACCAACCCGUUCAUAUAUUCAUUCAUGAAUAGGAAUUUUAGACACGAUCUUAAAACGAUUUUUAACUGCUGUUAGCCAAAUCUCCCCUACUUUGACUUAUCCU